AUGAGCUCGUUAAGUCGACAAGUGCUCUUGCCUAGAGCUCCCACGAAUAUCGCUCGAAAUGCGCCUUCCUUCCAGGGCCGAACGGCUGCAUACCGCCGGAUAUCCACACAUGUCUUGAACCGCUCGAACGUCACAUCUCCAUUGGUCUCUGCCGCUGCGUCGACACCCUCGAGACUAUCUUCGCCAUUCCUUCCUGCCUCUGUCGCCACCACCUUCGUGCGCUCAGUCUCAUUCAAGGAAAUGCAGGCUGAGCGCAAGCGUCAACGCGCUGCUCAGGGAUCCGCCCCAAGGGAAGAGCCCAAGCCAGAGGCUGCUGCUAAGCAAUCAAAAGAUGCCGAGACCAAGUCUGAGCCUGCUCAAAAGGCAAAGAAGGUCGACGAGCCCAUGAGCGAAGCCGAGAGGAUCUACCAAGCCACUGCUGCCCGUGACGCCGGUGCCUACGUGCCUGACCCGGCAAAUGAUGCGCCCAAGAAGGAGAAGAAGGAGGAGGGCGAGGAGGCUCAAGGUGAAGCUGCCGAAGGCGAAGGCGAAGGCGAGGGUGCCGAGAAGAAGGAAAAGAAGGACAAGAAGCCCCCACCACCAAAGCACGGCAACAAGACCCCAUGGCAGGUCUUUACCGAGACGCUGCAGACCGAGUUCAAGGAGAGCAAGGAGUGGAACGAAGGUACCAAGCAAUUGUCUGGUAGCAUUCAUGACUUCACCGAGAAUCCCAACGUUCAAAAGGCUCGCGCCGCAUAUGAGAAGAGCACUGGUGCUCUUUCGUCCGCUGCUGGAAGCACCAUCAAGACCACCGCUGGAGCCAUUGGCAAGAGUGCUGCCUGGACAUGGGACACUAGCGUUGUCAAGGGCAUUAGAUACAGUGCUGGUGCAGUCGGUUCGGGACUCGAGAAGGCCACUCGUCCUGUAAGAGAGACCGAGGCAUUCAAGAACGUCAAGGAGGUCAUCGAUGAUGGUAGCUCCAUGCGUUAUGGUGGUUGGGUCGAGAAGGAAGAGCGCAGAAAGCGCAGAGAGGCAAGAGAAGCAAAAGACAUUGCUGAGGUCAACGUUACUGUCCACAAGGACGCCGCCUGGAAGGAGUCAUGGCGCGAGUUCCGCGACAGCAGCAAGACCAUGCAACGCCUCUUUGCCUUCAAGAACACCUACGCCGAAUCCGAGAACCCCUUGAUCUCCACCGCCCGUAGCAUCAGCGACCGCGUGGCUGGUUUCUUUGCUGAGAACGAGACAGCCAAGGUCAUCAAGAAGUUCCGCGAGAUGGACCCCAGCUUCCAGAUGGAGCCUUGGUUGCAAGAGAUGCGCGAGUACAUCCUCCCCGAAGUCCUCGAUGCUUACGUCAAGGGCGAUACCGAGGUCCUCAAACAGUGGCUGAGUGCAGCACAAUACCAAGUCUACGCCGCCUUGAUGCAACAAUACACUCAGCACGGCCUCGUAUCUGACGGUCGUAUUCUGGAUAUCCGCAACGUCGAUGUACUCAACGCACGCCUGCUGGAGCCUGGUGACAUUCCCGUUUUUGUCAUCAUGUGCCGUACUCAGGAGGUGCACGUGUACAAGAACAAGAAGACUGGCCAGCUCGCCUCUGGUAUGGAGGACAAGGUCCAGCAAGUCACAUACGCCAUUGGAGUUACCAGACUGCCCGAGGACGUACACAACCCCGAGACUCGCGGAUGGAGACUGAUCGAACUUCAAAAGAGCGCGAGAGAGUACAUUUAA